UGUGCGACGCCCGACAUGCUAUCCAGCCCCUUCCGACAAUGCGCGAGGGCAUUGUCCACGGCAGCGCAGCCCUACCCUUUCUCUAAACUCGCCAAAAUCAUACCCGUCUCGCCCAACACCAGCACCGUGCCCCGCGAACCGUUGCUGAAGGGCAAGGGUCUCAUGCAGCAUCUCAAGGAGACCUUGCCAACGCCCGAAAAGCUCAACUGGCUACAAUCCUAUUUCGCACGGCGACAUCCCUCACGAAUCAUGCCCGGAUCUGUCUUGACCGUCAGUCUGGGUCAUGCGCCUACGACCUUUUCCGGGGUGCUCCUGUCGGUGCGAAGACGCGGGCUGGACACGUCGUUCGUCCUCCGUAACGUGAUCAAUCGGACAGGAGUGGAGAUGCAGUUCUACGUAUGCUCCCCGCAUCUCAAGAACAUCAAAAUCCUGCAGCGGGCCGCGACGAAGACGUCCAAGUCGGGCCCCAGAAUCCGACGCGUGAAGCUGUACUACCUCAGGGAUUCGCCGGAGAAGAUGACUGCUAUCUCAGCAGGCGUGCGAGGAUAGACGAGCGAUAGCGCGGUUAGCGUCUCGUCGGGCUAGACCGUGUGAGCGGCAGGCAUGUCGGGCGAACCGCGGGACGCUACUCGGACACUCAGACGUGUAGGAACCGAGAGGGCUGCGAGGGAGAAGAGGGUAUUGGGACUUAGGCAUGGGGCGGUGUGCGUUCGACGGUAUCUCAUCUCGUGAACGUGGCUCUCUUGCUGGUGAAGGUUCAAUCUGUAGUCCCAGAAUGGUGGUCGAAGCAUUCCAGGGCCCACACAUGCAUCGAUGAGCGCAGUAUACACGUUUCAUGACAGGAUGCCCCAUACGGAAGACGGAACG